AUGCGCCCCUACGCCGUCAUCGCCGCCGCCGUCGCGCUCGCACCGGCCCUCGUCUUUGCCCAGACCGCCCCCUCCUGGUCUUGCAUCGCCACCGCCGCCGGUUUGACCUCGUGCGCCGCGACCGACGCCCAGUGCCUCUGCGACUCGAACACCUUCAUCGAUGGCGUCUCGGCUUGCAUGGUCACGUCGUGCUCUCCUCAGGAUCUCGCUACCGGUGUUGCGUUCGGAGAGCAGUUCUGCCAGUCGGUCGGCGUCACCGUUGCCAUCCCCUCGUCGCUCGCGUCCCGCACGGCCGAGGCGACCGGCGUUAGCUCCGCCACCCAGUCGUCCGCCGCUGCCUCCGCCACCUCGUCCGCCGUCUCUGCCAUCUCGUCCGCCAUCUCCUCCGCUUCAUCCUCCGCCUCGGCCGCCGCUUCGUCGGCCGCCUCCUCCUCCGCCGCUUCCUCGACCGCCGCAGGCUCCGCCCCCUCCGCCUCGACCAGCAACAAGCCCUCGUCCGGCGCUUCCGUCAACCUCCUCUCGAAGGGUGCGGGCGCAGCUGCGCUCAUCGCUGCCGGCGCUGCCCUCGCUCUCUAA